GAAGGAAUGCAGGUUUGUUCACAACUUCCACUCGGACCACAAUGUCUAUGUUCUAAAACAGUAUGGUCUUGAGAAUUUCAGCAGCAAUGAACUUCGCCAGCUUUUGCUUCAAAAUGACCCUUCCCUCUUACCAGAGGUUUGCUUGCAUUAUAACAAAGGUGAUGGACCUUAUGGAUUUUGUACCUAUAAAAAAAUCUGCACGAAGCUGCAUGUUUGCCAGUACUUUUUGUGGGGACAGUGCAGAUUUGGCAGCAGCUGCAAGCGGUCCCAUGACUUAUUUAAGUCAGAAUGUUAUGAGAAACUGGAGAGACAGGGAAUGAGCGCAAACAUUAUUGAGAAACUACCCUCCAUUUAUAGGAAUAUGUAUGACAUACAAAAUGGCAACAAGAACAUGUAUGACAUAGAAGAUGCCAAGUCUUCACCAUACAAAGAAAGAAAACACAGCUCCACCGGAGACCCCUUAACUACAAAUGAUGAUGAAUUGGAGCAGAUCUGUUUAUAUCAUCUGUACAGGCGUUGUGGCUUUAAAGACAAGUGUACCAGAACUCACUUUCACUUGCCAUACAGAUGGCAGUACUCUGAUGGUAGUGCCUGGAGGGACUUGGAUAAUAUGGAAGAAAUAGAAAAAGCAUAUUGUGACCCACAUAACGCCAGAUAUCAGAAGGUUAUUGGAAAUGGCUUUUUCAUGUCAGAUAUUUGUUUUCUGACUAUGUGUGCUGGGUUUGCACAGUGGAAGGUUAGACGUCUUUCUACAGCUUCCUCUGUGACCAAACCCCCUCACUUCAUUCUUACAACAGAAUGGAUCUGGUACUGGAAAGAUGAUUAUGGCCUGUGGCAGGAGUAUGGAAAAAAGGAUGAUGAUCAUGCAGCUGCCACUGUUUCCAGCGAAGACCUGGAGAAAGCUUAUAUAGCCAAAUGUACUCCAAAGCUGAACUUCAAAGCUGGAAGACAUGAAUAUGAAGUCGAUUUUGGAGCUAUGAUUCAGAAAAACCUUCGCUACACAACAGAGAGAGAGAUUUGCAGAAGACCUAAAUUUGUCUCUCAGACAGAGGUAGAACAGACAAGAGCAAGAGGCUUUAAACAAACAGAAGCGUUUAAGGGCAUUCCAGCUCACUGGGACAAAUCUGCCCUGCCUGAACUGGGAUUCAAGCUGAUUGAGCUUGACCAUUCUUCUGAAGAGUACAAGAAAGUCAAGGUGGACUUCAAACGCACAAUGCCCAAAACAGAUAUUGAAAGGAUUCAUAGAGUUCAGAACCCAUCUCUCUGGGCACUAUAUCAGUGGCAGAAGGAACAAAUGCAGAAGAGCAAUGGUGGAAAGGCUGUGGAUGAGCGAUUUUUAUUCCAUGGGACCAGUAAAAAAUAUAUUGAUGCCAUCUGUCAGCAAAACUUUGACUGGAGGAUCUGCGGCCUUCAUGGGACAGUCUACGGCAAAGGAAGCUAUUUUGCAAGGGAUGCAUCUUAUUCAGACAACUACUGCAGGGAAGACUCAUACACCAAGACCAUGUUUCUGGCACGAGUGCUCGUGGGGGAAUUCACUGUUGGUAAAUCUCAUUAUGUUCGGCCUCCCUUGAAGGACAACCAAAACUUCUAUGACAGUUGCGUGAAUAGCUCUUCAAACCCUUCCAUCUUUGUCAUCUUUGAGAAGCAGCAGAUUUAUCCAGAGUAUCUCAUAGAAUACAUUGACUAGGCACUGGCAAAAAUGCAAUAG